UGAGAUGGCUGACUUUCUCUGGGAGAAAUGUCAGUAACACAGAUUCACUAUCACCUUAGUUUCUGUGUAUCCUGCAGCUUCCGUUUCUUAGCUCCCGUCAAUAUGGCAACAGUUGUGUCACAGAUUUUAAGGGAUCCAGUGUCCUCUUCUUUCCGGAUUUCUUCGUUGCUAGAAAAAUGAUUCUUGGUUUAUUCGUCGUCAGAGUUUGGCUCGUGUCCCAGAUUUGCUUCAGGAGCCUGUUUUUCCAGUACGGUAGUCCGGUCCACACGCACGAGACACUGCGCACAGGUGAAAGAGAAAAAAGGAGCUGCAGCAGCUGAACUGCAGGGUGGUCCACAUUGACCCUCUGUACCAUUAUCAUUUAUCAUUUCGGAAUAUAUUUAUUGACUUUCGGUCUCGAAUUGACGGUAGUGUGGUGGAGCCGCAGAGUGGACUCCCCUCACCCAGUCCACGAGACCGCCUGCUCAGUCCUGACUCACACAUGGAUGCACAGGGAUAUAAGUGGGUACGCUGGCGGGUGUGGUUGUGUCGUCUGGCUGCUGUGCUGACCUUGGGUCUCCUCCUGCUUGUGUUUCACUGGCGCCCACGGCUUGGUGUCCUCGCCCGCUGCUGCUCCUGCCCUCUGGCUCUCGCAGACGUUCUUCUAAUAAGAGACAUUUCUGGCCAGCAGCAUGUGGUGGAGGUCCUCACAGAGGAGAUGGAGGAUGGCAGUCUGGACGUGUUGGGAGAGCUGGAGAACGCUGAGUGGAGAGAUACAGUUCAGCUGUACAAGGAGGAGAAAACGCUGCUGCGCUUCUACCUGUUUGAAGGACUGCGCUACGUCUGGCUGGACAGGAAGGGAGCUUUCUGCCGUGUUAGUGUCCUCAAUGAGGACUGGACCUGCAAGGACCUGUAUGGCUUCCAAAAAGGCCUUAGUCACCUGGAGCAGAGCUUGAGGAGACGCAUUUAUGGGCCCAACCUUAUUUACGUGCCUGUGAAGUCUUACAUGAAACUGCUGUUUGAGGAGGUCCUCAACCCAUUCUAUGUGUUCCAGGUCUUCAGCAUCACACUGUGGAUGUGUGAUAACUAUUAUUUGUACGCCAUCUGUAUUUUACUUAUCUCCAUGUUGUCCAUCGGGAUCUCUCUUUAUGAGACUCGCAAGCAAAGCAUCACUCUUCACAACAUGGCCCGAUUGGUCACAAAUGUUACAAUACGCAGAAAAUCAGGAGUGGAAGAGUGUGUGAGUUCAGAGGAGCUGGUCCCUGGCGACUGUCUGAUCAUCCCUCAGGAGGGUCUGCUGCUGCCCUGUGACGCUGCCCUGCUGGCUGGGGAGUGUCUGGUCAACGAGAGCAUGCUCACAGGUGAAAGUGUCCCAGUGCUGAAAACCCCACUGCCGGCAGGUGAGGGCAAGUACAGCUCAGAGACUGAGCGUAGACACACUCUCUUCUGUGGUACCCAGCUCAUUCAGGCCAAAGGGGGAGGACCAGGAGGUGGUGGUGCUGUUGCUGUGGUCACAAGCACUGGGUUUUUCACAGCCAAAGGAAACCUGGUCAGCUCCAUUUUGUAUCCUCAGCCAAUCAACUUCCGCUUCUACAAAGAUGCCAUCAAGUUCCUGUUCAUCCUGGGUUGUGUUGCUUUUAUUGGCACCAUUUACAGCUUCGUGGUCCUCUACAGGUCCAAUGCUACUUGGGUGGAGUUGGUAAUCAGAAGCCUGGAUAUUGUGACCAUAGCAGUGCCUCCUGCUCUGCCUGCUGCUAUCACCACCGGCACCAUCUACGCCCAGAGCAGGCUGAAGAAGCAGGGCAUUUUCUGCAUCAGUCCACCACGCAUCAACGUCUGUGGCAAGGUCUCACUCUUCUGCUUUGACAAGACAGGAACUCUGACAGAGGAGGGUCUGGAUGUGUGGGGAGUGAUGGAGGGGGGACCCGUUGGUUUCUCAGAGCUGGUCCCAAAGCCCAGACUCUUGCCCCCAGGGCCCAUGCUGUCAGGGCUGGCCUGCUGUCAUACUGUGAUGCUGCUGCAAGGUCAACCCCUUGGAGACCCUCUGGAGCUCAAGAUGGUUGAGUCCACUGGUUGGACCCAUCAGGAGCCAGAGGGAGAUGGGGCAGUGCUGGAUGCUGAGUUUGGAGGCCACAAAGUUUUGGCUGUUAUGAGACCUCCUGUCCAGCAGCGCCAAGGUCAAGGAACUUCUGUGAGUGAGGCGGUGGCCAUUGUUCAGAGGUUUCCCUUCUCCUCGGCCUUGCAGAGGAUGAGCGUGGUCACGGUGGCCCGUGGGGGUCACUCUGCUCUCGCUUUCAUGAAAGGAUCUCCUGAGAUGGUGGCGAGCCUCUGCCGAGCAGAAACAGUGCCUUCACAGUUCUCCAGCAAGCUGCGUAGUUUCUCCAGUGAGGGCCUCAGGGUUCUUGCAUUUGCCUGUAAACCCUUAGAUAAGAACACUGACUUCAGGACCAUUGAACGAGGGGAAGUAGAGAAAGACAUGCAGUUCCUGGGCUUACUGAUGUUGAAGAACUUGGUGAAGCCAGAGAGUGCAGAGGUUAUUAACAUCCUGAGACUGGCAUGCCUUCGCACCGUCAUGGUCACUGGCGACAACAUUUUAACAGCAGUUAAUGUGGCCAAAAGCUGCGGGAUGGUGGGGUCUGAUGAGAAGGUGAUAUUCGUCACUGCCACCCCCCACACUGCCCGGUCCAUGCCCACACUGAGGUUCAGCCUGGAGGAUGGAGCCACAUCAUCUGGCCAAAACUCCACAGAGGUCAUCACUUGGGGCCUGUACCAGGGUGGUUUUGGCUAUCAUUUGGCUAUUAAUGGCAAGUCCUUCGCUGCCCUUUGUGACCACUUUCCUGAGUAUCUGCCAAAGAUUUUGAUGCGAACCACAGUAUUUGCACGCAUGACUCCUGACCAGAAAACCCAGCUGGUGAAGGAGCUGCAGAAACUGAACUACCGGGUGGGCAUGUGUGGAGACGGGGCCAAUGACUGUGGGGCCCUGAGAGCUGCUGAUGUUGGGGUUUCCCUCUCUGAAGCAGAGGCUUCGGUUGCUUCACCUUUCACUUCCAAGACUGAAAACAUCAGCUGUGUGCCGCUGCUUAUCAGAGAGGGCCGAUGUUCCCUGGUCACCUCCUUCGGUCUCUUCAGAUACAUGGCCCUGUACAGCCUCAUUCAGUUUUGCUCUGUCCUCAUCCUUUACACAGUGAAGACGGGCGUGGCUGACAUGCAGUUCCUGUUCUGUGACAUUGCUCUGGUGACUGUGCUGGCCAUCGUGAUGGGAAGAGGAGGUCCCAGUGAUCAGCUGCAUCCCUGCAGACCCCCAGCCAGUCUGCUGUCCCUGCCCGUCCUGGGAAGCCUUUUCAUCCACACCUCCAUGAUCAUCCUGGGCCAGGUGGCUGCGCUCCUCAUCACCACCUCACAGGACUGGUAUAUUCCACUUAAUUCAACUGUGCUUGGAACGGCCAAUCUGCCCAACAUGGAGGACACCAGCGUGUUUGCCCUGUCAGGUUUCCAGUACAUCAUCAUGGCUGUGGUGGUCACUAAGGGCUACCCCCACAAGAAACCUCUCUACUACAAUGUGAUUUUCCUCAGUCUGCUGCUCCUCCUGUUUUCUGUGAUGACCUGGCUGGUCUUGUAUCCGGGGCCUCUCGUCGGCCAAUUAUUUCAACUGUAUGACAUCUCUGAUAUGAACUACAAGAUGUUACUCGUAGCUUUGGCUGCUCUCAACUUCCUCAUUUGUUUUCUUGUAGAGGUGCUGAUAGACUUGGGAAUCCUGAACUGUCUUCGGUGUCUGCGUGGGAAUCGUCCGUCCAAGAAACAGUAUAAACUUCUGCAUGCCCUUCUGUCUGACUCACCAUCAUGGCCGCCCCUAAAUCAAACCCUGUCCCCCACAGAUCACACAGUCAUCUGUUUGUCCUAGCGUCUGUCUUCCUCUCUGUUGGACAUUUCAGUCACCUGAGCCAAACAAUGCUGUGGAGGUCUGAGCUGCAUCCACAGCUCAACCAACAAUGCAAAGUAAUGUUUACUUGUAUUAAUAAAAAAUAUUUUUAUGUAAACAAUGGUGUGUAUUCAUAUUCUCUAUCAACUUAUGGUGUGAUUAUUAGUCCAUUCCACAGAUGGGUUUACAGGUUUUGGCCAAAUACAGGGUCAUGUUAUCAGUUUCUAUUCUCAACUACUACAACUAAAUAACUGAGCACACAUCACAAUGUGAAGAUGACAUUUUUUUGGCAAAUCAUUUUAUUAAAUCAGUAUUUACAGGCAGUUUGUGUUCUCACUCAGAGCUCAGCUAAACCCGUCUGUCUCCUGCUCUGCCGCUAGAGUUCCUGAACUAAAAUCUCUUCACCAGUAUUGUGAGUUCUCCCUCAGAUAUAUUCACCUGCUUCAACUACAGUAAAAUCAACAACCAGGAAGUAAAGAUGUGAUACAGGAGGCACAAGCUGAAUUCAACCAUUAUUAGAACUUUUCUACUGAUGAUGUGCACCACUGAAUAUGGCUUUGUUGAGAUCUUUUCUCUGUUUGAAACAAACAAAAGGUGGAAAAACUAAUCACAUCUUUUGGGCACGAUGGGACAGCCAGGCAAGGCUGCUACCUCUCUGGUUCACACCCAGCUGUGUCUACAAGUUCCAUUUCUCAGUUACUGAACAAGGGAGUGGUGUUACAGUUUCAUACUGUGACAAAGAUGCAAACAGAUAAGACCAAGAAAAAAAGAAAGAAAAAAAAAACUCAUUCAUUCAUCUUGGGACGUGGACAUCAUUUGAGUUACAUUUCAUUGCACACUCUGCAUAGCACUGUUUCUAACAAAGUGCCAACCCAAGCUUAAAUACGGACAUUUGCUGUUUGAGCGAUCAAACCUGCUGGAAAAAUACAAUCUUUGUUCAUUUCAUUCAUUCAGUCUCGUUCGCUUGCACCUGAGUUUCUACAUACUGUACGUCAGUGAAGGACACGAUGAAACAAGCACACCGCUGACAGGGUGGAGAUGCAACAAGCGGCUUGUAAAGUACAGCAGUAAAUUCACCCCCCCCACCCCCAUCUGAACCACGAGUUGCUGCCAACAACACCCUCAAAUAAUGACAUCUGGAUUACCUGAUACAUUUACAGGUUGAUUUUAAAAUGGGCUUUUGGUUCAUUUCGAUUAAAACACUGCUCUGACACUGCCGCCAACUCAUACAAAAAGGCAGAAAAGCUACUUAAAAAUGGACUGAAAUCCACAAUCUCCUCUUCAUGUCUUUUUUUUUUUUUUUGCUUUUACUUUUAAA